CAGAGGCACUAACCCGCAGAUCGGCCACCUCUCCCAGCGGAACACAGCGGCGUGGACUGGCCCUUUAAGAGGGAUAAAGGCGACAGCUCCGCACGAGCCGAGCGCAUCGAUGCCGCGCUUUACAUUUCAUCAGUAAUUUGCACGGCUGCGGCAGGGAUAAUUUAACAUUAUCGUGCUUAAUACAUAUUAAUUCACAGGAAGUGUAUUUGAACGUUUUAAAUCCCGGAAGGAGAAAUGUGACGCUGUGUCCAGCCUGUUUGCUCUCUGGUGCGAAAUUGAUCCGGACAUCCUGUACACCAGCCAGGCAGUGAGUGCCCCCUCAUCUCGUCCCAGAGGGCUUCACUUAAAAAAAUAAAUAAUAAUGGAAGACAAACGCAAGAAGCGCAGCCCAAAGGUGUCUCUCCCGCAGCCCCCUCCUCCCCCCAUCAACCCCCGCAAACUGUCCGUUCUGCCUGCCAGCAAAAGUGCUACCUUCUCCCUCGGACUGCCGCAGCCUCCCUCCCCCAAGAACAGAGGCAAGUAUAAGAGGUCCAUAGGUGCACCGGGACAGCCCAAAGAGGUGUUCACAGCCGUCGUAGCUCCACCAAAGACCACCAGGCCCCACAAGGAGAAGCCCAGGGCCCCCCAGCCAGCAGGGCCCAGUAAAGUAGUCCAGUCGUCACCCUUGCAGCACUCCUUUCUCACAGACGUCUCAGAUGUGAGAGAGAUGGAGGGAGGGCUUCUCAACCUCCUCAACGACUUCCACUCAGGCAAACUACAGGCUUUCGGUAAGGUAUGCUCCUUUGAGCAGCUGGAGCAUGUGCGUGAGAUGCAGGAGAAGCUUGCACGAUUACACUUCAGCCUCGACAGCCAUGUGGAGGAGCUUUCAGAGGACCAGAGGAAGUGUGCCUCUGACCACAACCUGGAACACCUGCUCAGUAACCUGGAGGAGCUCAGCACCUCAAUACAAAAGCUCCACUUGGCUGAGAACCAGGACCUGCCCAAGACAUCUGGUCCCUGACAAAGUGAGGUGUGGAGGAUGGCGACCAAACACUCAUCUUCUCCCAACAUCCAACCAGUCCAGGUUGCCAUGGCAUUGAUCCAGCUGCCUUAGUAACAGAAUGGAAAGAUCCACAGGAGGAGGGGCUAUUUUUUCCAUUUGGUCAGUGAAGCCCAGGGAAUGAUACAGUGACUCAAAGCAGCUGAGCAUUAAAUGAACACUCAACCAAAAUCAUAAACCCCUCAUUCAUGACUGCACAAGAAAUGAUCAGAGGGUUUACUAAACAGUUGUAGGAGAAGAAAACAUUUAGCAAGUUUUGAACAUUUUUGUGGCAUCAACUAGCUUCGGUUCAGUUGGUAGUUACAUCUUUUGGUAACAAAUAACUGAAUACAAGUGAGUGUAGUUGUUGAUCCUUUGUUCCCUUUACAAAAAGCACAUUUCAGAGAGUUUAAAACUUUAUAUUGCGUUUCUUUAUUUCAUGUUAUGCCUGUUCUUUUGUAUAAUUUUGGAUGGUAUAUGUCUCUGUCAACAAAGGUAAGAAAUAUGAGCCAUACUUACAUAGCAAGUAGCAAACGUAUUUGGCCCUUGACAACACCACUGUGGUUAGCUCUGAAGUUUGAAGGGAGUAUUCACUUUUGCUAUUAUUCUGAAUGCACACUUUCAUUUUUAUAUAUCUGCAAAAAGUUUAAUACUGGAAAACGGACUGGAUUUAAUAUCUGGGUGACCCUUUCUUAUUAAAAAGGGACUAUGUGAGGACACCUAAGGCUCAAAAUGGGUGUUUCAUUUACUUAUGCUGUAUGUAAAAUAGUUGAUGAUGUUUUGCCAAUGUGUAGUAUACUGUAUUUGCUGACACUGAUGGUUUAAAAUAAUUUACUGUUAGUAGGACAAUUUUGUCUAUUUUGUCCGUGCUUCUUAAGGAUUUCCUUUAGGUUUUAUUUUUAUAAAUGAAGGCCCAGUAGCAGCAUCCCUCCAAGCACAAUCUACUCCACCCUGCUACUGAAAUGUCCCUGCAUGUAACGUGUAGGUUACACAGAGUCUGUCCAGUCCGACACUGUGUUGGCUAGCACAUCCACAGAGUAAUGCAGCUGGUAUAAAUCUCUGUGUGGUACUAUUUCAAAAUGGCAGCUACUUUCAUAGUUAAAGAUUUAGGGGCUGAGAUUAUGAUUUGCAUUGUAUUUAACUCCAAACUUGGCAGCACUGUACCUUGGCCAUAAUAUUUAAUCACUGACAAGCCAAUUAAAGUGAUAUUAGUGUUCAAUCCAAACAUCAAAGUAUGUCAAAGCAUUGGUGCAUUUGGUUAUUAAAUAUGAACAAGUCUUUUGUACUGCUUGCUAAGCCUACCUCUUAUCCAAGGCCUUGGAACAUGUGAUACAUUUCUUAUUCUGGUUAGUCCAUCAAAGAUCUUUCACAGUCAGACAUUUGUUAUUUUACAUAUUAAGAGGAGAGGAAAUUCACCAGAAGACUGGCUGUACACACAACAUGCCAUAGGAAUUAGGUACAGUCAAAACAACAGAAAAGUUGUGAAGAAUCUCAUGUGUAUUCAGUGAUUAUACUGUAAAUACCGCAAAUAAAGGUAAUUUAUGGAA